CCGCUCCAGUUUUCAGUCUCUGGAAAUACUCAGAAACCGACAAUGGCGAAUCUGAGACCAAGUUACAGUGAUUAUCAACCUACAAAUCCUUCAGAUGCUCCUAGUCCAGGAGUUGGUGGUGUGUGUAUGAUGCAAACCAAAUGGAGAGAUGAACAACAUCCGUCCCUCAUUCAUUCCAUUUCCUCUUUCCUUGCCGACAAUUUGUUCAAACUAAACUUUGUCCCUAUCGGCCCCAAUUUCAUAUUUAACUGUGGCGGACUCUCAGUCGCAUUCUUAUUUCUCACAAAAUGGGACUGCAACAUCUCUUCCUCCAUCUUUAGCAGAGUGCAGAAGCUGAAGGGGCAGUUUGCGCAUUUUUAUGUCAUUGUCACCCUUCCGACUCAGGAACAAAAUGACUCCUUCACCCGCUCAUACUUCAAGUAUGGUAUGGAGCUUGGGAAGCCAACUUUUGUGCCGGUUCAAGACUUGGAGAUGGGAUUUGAGAAGAUUGUGAGAAUUGCUCAUUCUCGUGGAGUUUGCAAGCGACAGGGUGUCAUUGCCAAGAUAAAUGCCGAGAGGGAGCAAUCAGUUCUAGUGAUGGACCAGUUCGUCAAAGUGGUUACCUCAAUACCCGGGGUCAACAACCAUGAUGCUAAUACGCUCUAUGCAGCAAUUGGUUCUAUACAAGCAAUAUCCCAAGCAUCAAAAAGCCUUAUUUUGGAGAAAACAGAUCUUUCAGCAGAAAAGGCAGACACAAUAACAAGAUUUUUUAGGGAUCCAAACUAUUAUCUAAGCGCGAAACUCAAUUGAUGAAAGGAGCAGGUACUGGGGGUGUCAUCCGAGAUGAUUCAGGGAAGUUUUUUGCUGCCUUUGCAGAGUACAUAUACAGAAAGGGCAGCAACAUUGCUGAGCUCCGCGCCAUCUGAAAAGGAUUGCAAAUUGCAAAAGAACACAAAGGUGGAAGUAGCUAGUGACUCUGUCUAUAUUACUUUGUAGUAGUGAAUGUUUAGUUCCUUGGUAUUUUGCUAAUAUCCUGAAUGAUGUCUUGUAUUUAGCUAGUAACUUUUAGGAUAUUUCUUUUUUGCAUAACUACACGGAAGCCAAAAAAACCUGUUAGUGAUAUAGGAUCGUUGAGGCCCAUGUAGUUCAUAUAUUUCACUUACCAAAAAGAAUCUUACCGCGUUUUGUCGCCAGUAAAAAAGAACUACCGCGUUUCUUAAUCCCCAAGAAACAACCCUAGUUAACAAAAUUUAGAAGCCUAAUUUCUGCAAUUUCCUUAUAUAAACUCAACCUUGUACAUCUAUCUAUAAAUAGCACCAUCUCUGCUUAUGUAGUUCUAUCACUUGCCAUUACAACCUGAGUGCUAUAGACUGUUCUUAUUCAAACAAAAUAUGGGUUGUAAUGAAAGGGGGAAAUCAUCAUCAUCUUCCAUUAACAAUGUCGAUCAUAAGAUUAGAAGGAAGAGUUUCAAGAACAGAAUCAAAGGGUUUGAGAAGAAAUUCUAUGAGUUGAGAACACUGUGUGAUGUUAAGGCUGCUGCAGUUGUUUAUUCUGAAUUCAUGAACGGGGCAAAAUCAUUACCAGUGAACCCUAGAGAAUUUGAUGAGGUGGUGAUGCUAAAGAAGUUUUACGAUCAAAAGAAGAUGAAAUCCAAGAAUCAGAGAUUCUGUAACUUCGAUAAUUUAUCUACUGUUGAAUCACUUGAAAGGAUUGAGAGAGAUUUAGAAUCCAAGUUUAAUAUGAUUUCCGAGAGAGAAAAGCAGUUAAAAGCAGGAGUGGCAUCAUCAUCAUCAUCAUCAUCAUCUUCAAAUUGCUGCUAUCAAGAUGAUGAGAUGAAGAAGAAUUUUGGGGUAUUUAAUUCUACUAAUUGCGAGUCUAGUUCGCUGGUAGUAGGAUCAGUUUACGAACAUGGUUCUUCUUCUUCUGAUGUUUUAUACCAACAGCAACCCCAACCUUUGAUUACUUUUGAUCCUGCUGGGUUAACCACUACCACUGCUGCUGAUAACAUGUUUUGUGAUUAUGAGCCUAGAUUCGCUGAUAUGAUUGAGUUGGAGUUCCAGCGGUUGAAUUGCAGCACCAGCUACAUGGAUAUGAUGAUGAACACAACAAGCCCUUUUGAUGGACCAGAAUUCCUUUUAUGUUGAACUGUGCUGGCUGGCUGGCUUAAUUGAUGUUGAACGAUAUAUUUAUUUAUCUAUUUAUUUAUUUAUUUUUAUCUCAAACUAUUUCUUGUAUUCAACUA